GUCCAACUACCUCUCCUCUUCCCCUCUCGAGCCCCGCUCCCGGAAAUUACUCCCCUCCGUUCCACCGUCCUCGCCAAUCUCGCCUCUCACCCCCGCACAGCGCCUCGUAAUCGGUCGCCUAGCCAGCCAGCCAACAGUCGAAAUCAGCUGACGGCGAGCAGUUGCUACCACGGCUCCUCAAACGCGAUACUAUUCAGACAUCAGACGAUCAGGAUGUUGGGCAAUUUUGUCGGUUACUUGUUCGGGAAUAAUUAUUCCGGCACGCAAGAUUCACUCGAAGAGGAUCCUCGAACUCGAGGGAUAAUGCGGAGAUUCAGGCAAGUGGAGGUCGAGGACGAUGAAUGGAUCCUCAUUGACCGAACUGUUGAGGGUACGCUGGAGGAGCCGUGGUAUGAAAUGCCACCGGCAGUGUUCACCCAAGAAGGGCCCAUUAAAGUGGCAACCUCGCCAAUGGAGAAUCUGCUGAUAGAACAUCCUAGCAUGUCCGUCUACUCCGUUGUGUCGGGAACGUCUCCUCCUGUCACUCCGGACACUCCGCCCCCGUCGCCGGACAGGUGGAUAGAAGGCCAAAAGGACGUCGAUGUCGGACAAACUAUUGAUGUUCCUCAAAACGUCCCCCCGGCGCCGCCAGCUGAUCUCUCGUCCUCCACAUCCUCCGCGCUUUGUACCGUAUCUACAUCCUUGGACAGCAGUCUAGACCGAAGUAACAUCGAUGAAUUGUCGCGUAGAGUUGUUGCAGAAUUGCAAGCCAUCCACAACGACAGACUGCCCGCAUCAGAUAGCAAUAAUAAUAACAAAGCUAGGAUCGGAAAACAGCUCCGGACCGCCCAGGAACGAGCUCAGGAGAUGUUGCAGAAACGCUCGACUCAGAGUCUCAAGAGGGCCCGCAUGGAAAGGAGCAACAAGGUGCGUCAAGCAAAAGGCAAGCGGCUACGUCGUCAGGAUCGUUUGCGCGUUUGUCAUAGCGGCGCCAAUAACAACCGAAAAUGCUAGUCAUCCGAUCUCAGGUCAAUCUGUACUUAAACAUCUUCCUAAAACACGACGACCAACGCUAUGACAAUUGAUUACUCGGUGAAAUUUCGCUGCAAUGACACAAAAGAUUAUUUAUAAUAAUUAUCAUUGAUCAAAAAGUAACAUAGUCUAGAAAAAUAUGUUUCGCAGUAUAUGCUAUAUUCAUAUUUUUUCGUCGAUGAUACAAAUUAAUCUGCUUGACAUGAGAUAAACCUCUUAGAUGAGAGUCUGGCUAUUAUUAGAUUUUAUACCGAAUGCGUGCGUAUGUAUAUAUAUGUAUGUAUGUGUGCGACGAUAGUGUUUAGUAAUAAUUGUUGUAGAGUUCACUCUAAUCUCUUUUGAUACAUUAUGCAAAAAUGGCUGAUUGUUGUACGCGUGAUUGUAAUUCAAUAACGCGCCAAUAACGUGACUCUCGAUGACAUUUCUUCGCUAGUGAUGAAAAGAAAACAUGAGAAAUAUAUUCAGCCUAAUUCUUCGAACUAAAUCAAUUAAUAAAAAAAUCUAAAAUAGUCAGACUCUCAAUCAAAAAAUAGGCGGCUUGAUCUGUUCAUUGUUAUGCAAUUUAUGUAAGACAAUAUAGAUCAGAUGACAAAGCUCUGCAAAACUGACAAGUGUGUUUGCCAAUUAUAUAUAAUUAUUGUAUAUUAUAUAUAAUUAUACACAUAUGUUAUGUACAUAUUAUAUAUAAUUAUUAUAUAUUAUAUAUAACAAUUAUAUAUAAUUGUAUGUAAUUCCAGAUUUAUUUUAUCUAUUAUUAUAUAUAUAUAAUUCCCGAUUAUUUUAAUUAUUUAUUCAAGUGAAAAUAUAACAUAUGUGCAGCAGAAAAGAAUUGCUUAUAACAAAAAUGUGACAAUUGCGACUUGUAAGAAAUGCUGCUGCUCAGAACAGUGAUCUCAAUUUGCUCGAUCGAUUCGGAAUUCAUUGUAACGAAAUUUUACUCGUCAAAUGCGUUCUUGUUCACACAAGUGUACGAGGAAGUGUGUACAUUUGGUAAUGAUGAUAAAAGAUACAUGUGACAUGUUUAGCUCUUUUUAGAAAAAAAAGGUUCGAGUGACAUGUUUAACCCUUUCUAAAAAAGAUCAUAGACAUAAAGAAGUUUAAAGAAAAUGUUUGAUAACAAAGUCCUUUUACCUUCCUCUCUUCAUAUAAGAUUCUUUACAUAAAUUCCUACGUAUUUUACAUAGAUAAUCCAUUAAAUCAUUAUGUUCAAGAAUAAAAAAAAUAUAUUAAUCUCAACUUAUUUUUAACGAGAGAUAAUAAAGUGAAUUUUUGCCCUCAUAAAAAACAUGGAAACAAGAAAUGAUUUUUAAAUUUUAAUGAUAUAUCGAGUGUUGAUAAAUCAGUCUUACGAAAUAAAUUCUGAUCAAUUGUUUUCACUAAAUUAUAUUCUAGAAAACAAAUGAAGAAAUAUACAAAUGUACAAAAGAAUUUUUUAAAAUUUGUGGCCUUGUACAAUUGAUCGAAGCAAUACUUGAGAAACGUAACUUUGUCUUGAAAGGGUUAACAGAGUCCUCGAACGAACAAAACACAAGGACAUAUAACGAUAUCAGUAAUUAAGAGAGAUAUAUUAAAUCUGUAUCAAUUAACGCUAAAACUCUAUUAGUUAUAUAUAAUUAUUUAUUUGACACAAUGACAUAAUGUGCGUAAAGUGUAUUCACACGAACCAAAACACAAAUGGCACGCACGAAAUUUUGAAGAUUGUUUUGUACCUUCCACAAUCUGUCUUUCGGUUCUUAGUAAAAAUAUUAUUAAUAA